AUGGGAAACGCCUUUUGCGGUAAAAGGAGCACCAAAGUGAUGAAAAUCAGCGGCGAGACCUUCAAGCUGAAGGCCCCGGCUCGGGCCGGGCCCCUGCUUAGGGAGCACCCGGGCCACGUGCUGUUGGAGUCCGAGGCCGUGAGGCACUACGGCGUCCGGGCCAAGCCGCUGGAGCCGCACCAGGAGCUGAAGCCGAGCCGGCUCUACUUCCUGGUCCAGCUUCCCCAAGGGAGGGGACCCCCGCGGCGGCUCCGGUCGGCGGGGGAACCGACAAGCGCUAAGGAUCGGCUCGAGAGCUUGAUGCUGGCACGGAGGUCGGCCUCCGAUCUGUCCGCGGUGAGGCUGGGGAGCGUUGAAUCGGCGCCGGAGAACGCCGAGGGUGGAGGAGGAGGAGUGAGGGUUAGGAUAAGGCUGCCGAAGGCGGAGGUAGAGAGGCUAGUGGAAGGGAGCAACUGUGCGGCGGAGGUGGCGGAGAAAAUCGUCGGACUUUGGGCAGCCUCCGGCGGCGGCGGCGUGGCGGAGCGGAAUCGGAGGUGCGGUUACGACGGAGGGGAUGUGCGAGGCCAAAAAGUGCGCCAGAAGCGUGUUGGAUUUUCGUCAAUCAGAGAAGCAGAGAUUCCUAUAGUAGUGGCCUCUUAG